UUUUCGGGCUAUUCUCGCUGGGUUCACGAUCCGUCUUACCCGAGCGCUGUGCUGUAUCAUUUCAAGAGUCAAAUGGGUCACGUAGACCUGCCUGCCAUCGCAACUGCCAGGGAGUCAGAAAAGCCCCUCAGCUCAGAGGAGCACCCAUCUGACCAUUUUCCGGAUGGAGGGUUUAGAGCUUGGGCUACUGCGUUUGGGGGCUUUCUUGUGCAGUUUUGCACAUAUGGAUACACAAUCUCAUUCGGCGUCUAUCAAGACUUUUAUAGUCAGACUUACUUAACAAACCAGUCUCCCUCAACAAUUGCCUGGAUUGGCAGUGUGAACGCCUUUCUUUUCGAGAUGUGUGGCUUGAUAAGCGGGCAGCUUUAUGAUCGAGGAUAUGUCCGUCAAUUGGUUAUAGGCGCAUCCCUGCUCCAAGCAAUCUCGCUUUUCAUGUUAUCACUCGCCAAACCAGACCAGUACUACCAAAUAUUCCUUUCACAAGGCAUUGGGUCAGGCUGCGCUGCCGGUUUGCUCUAUAUCCCCAGCAUGGCUGUCGUUUCGCAGUAUUUUCGCAAACGACGCGAAUUGGUAAUGACCUUUGUUGCGUCAGGAGCUUGCCUAGGCGCUGUGGUGCACCCCAUUAUGCUAAACAAUACUCUGAAUGGCAGCAUUGGAUUCGCCAAUGGAGUUAGGGCUAGCGCUGGUCUCAUCAGCGGAUUGCUGUUCAUAGCAUGUUUCCUCAUCAAGCCGAGGUUUCCCCCAUCAAAGGCAUCAACAACAUUUCUUGCAACCGCAAAUAAAUGUGCUCAUGAUCCCGCAUAUAUAUUUGGAACUGCAGGGUUAACUAUUUUUGCUGUCGGAUUCUACUAUCCCCUAUUCUACCUCCAGCUCGACUCGGCUAUGCACGGUCUCAGCAAAACAUUCUCCUUUUAUUCACUCGUAAUUAUGAACACAUCGAGUUUCGUAGGACAGCUGACGAGCGGUGUACUUGUUGAAUACUUUGGUGUCCCAGCAGUGCUGACAGGUUCAACAUUUGUCGGCACUGUCUUACUUUUUGCGUUGAUUGGAUUGCGCACCAUAGCCAGUGUGGUGACGAUAGGCAUUCUUUAUGGGUACAGCGCUGGGAUCUUUCAAGCGCUAUGGGCACCGGUUCUGGCUGUCUUAUCGCCAGACCCGUCUGACCUUGGAGCCCGCAUGGGCAUUUCGUAUGCCUUUAUGGCUUUCGGGGGUUUGAUAGGCCCACCGAUAUCAGGAGCACUGUUAACAGGUGAUUACAUCUGGUGGCGCGGGGCAGUUUUCAAUGGGAUCAUGGGUGCGAUUGGGUGUUCGUGUUUCAUCGCCAUGCAGGUGGUACUCAGGCAUCGGGAUCACGAUUCUCAGUAACAGGACUCAAAUCAGUUUCCAAUACCAAUAUUUAUGCAGUGUAUUCUCGCAAAUGAACAUAGAUUAGCAAUUCCACGCGCGAAAGUUGAUCAGACCUACA